GGCAGCUGGCCGGAUAAACCAGAACAUGGUACUGAUGAGGAGCAGCUCUCUGAGGAACAAACUCCACUUUUCUUAGUUUCUCUAGACAACAAUGACAGUUUGGAUGCAUCAGGAGCUCAGUGGAUCAUUUCUGCAGCUCUGGAGAACUUCUGAGGACGUUUAUCUGGCUUUAUGGAAGCUCUAAAUGUUCUGGAAAUCACAGGUCAGAAGACGAGGAGAACGACUGACUGAAGAAACAGGAAUAAAACAGAAGCAGCUUCUGUUCCUUAGAGGAGGCUGGUGAAGGAUGUCGAGGCCUCCGUCCUCCCAGACCACUCCUCAGUCCUACAGAGUCAGCGACAGAGAUCUGACCGAGAUAGAGCUGCACUCUGUGGACUCCAUCAGCGACCUGCACCGGACGCACUACGAACACAAAGUGUGUCUCCUUCCAGGGAUGAGGCCUCCUCGUCCGGCCUACACUCCGUCUCCAAACGGGAACGUUUUCCCGGCUGACAUGACAGCUGUCAAUCAAAGAGGACGUCCAAUCAGCAGUCAGUGGCAGACCCGCCUCCAGGACAUGUUGACUCCAUCGUCCUCCAGAGCGUAUAUUAUGGGAUGUGCUAUCAUCACCCUGCUGCUGCUGACCGUGCUGCUCAUCUUCUACUUUAUAGUCCAUCAGGGCGGUCUGAUCCGGACUCUGACUGAAGCUGUGAAGCAGAAAGAAGCUGCAGCGUCUGAAUUAUCGCUGCUGAUCCAAGAACUCCAGAGUCUGAGGCUGAACCUGACGUCCAUCAGAGGACAUGAGAGGACAUGAGGACAGAAGCAGACGUGGACUGGACAUAGAUGAGCUUCAUAUGGGACGGAGAUCUGUGGGAGUUUCUGGAUGAAACAUGUCAUUAGGAAGGUUUCUGAAACUCUAUCCUGCAGGUUGGAUUAGCAGUUCUUUUAGUCUGGAUGAUGGUUUUACCUUCCUGACAUGUUUCCUCUACGUCUGCUGUCCUCAGAGGACGAGGACAAGAACAAGGCUGUAGAACAGAAGACCAACCAGACAGGAACAUUCUCCUCAGAUGUUUUUAGGUAAAACAGAGGCUGGACGUUUUUAUUUAAUGAUGGAUCCUUUUUCCAACUGUUCAGUUUCUACCUUUCUUUCUUUCUAGACGUAAUGGAAACACGUCAGCGAUGUAAAACCAUCGUCCUCAUGAACUUUAUCAGAUAAAAGAGCUGCUAGUUGAACAGAAGAAAACGACAGAAUGAACGUUAUGAAUCUGCUGAAUCCUGUCAGGUGAUUCUAUGAAUGAACUUUAUAUUUAAUAAAAUCUCUGGUAUUAAGGCACGUUAUUAAUAAAAAUCUAUGAUUUAAACUUACUGUGUGUUAUAAACUGUACCAGCUGUUUCUGUAUUGAGCCAUAAAGAUUUUUGUGUUGUUUAUUUCUUGUGUGUUUAACUUGACCACAGUAUGAAGAUGACAAACACUUAAAUCACAUUUAUGAACACACUGGGGGGUUUCAGCAUGGAUCUCCUAGAAUUCAUAGUUAAACAUGUUUCUGUGUGAUUCUGUCCUAUUUUUACACAGCUACUGAUUUAUGAAGAGCCGUUUUUAAAAGGAAUAAAACCAUUUCUCAGAUUCUCA